AAAGAAACACUGUAACGUUUCUAACAUACUACUCACCUCUAAAACCUAUACUAUAUUCUUUAAAUAACAGCAACAGACUUCUUCUGAAAUGCCAAAUCAGAGAGAGGGAGCCACUGAUGAUUCCCCUGCUGACCUUCCCUGUCUGGAAAAACUUGACUCUCCAACAGGGAGCCCACCCACUGCCUCAUUAUCCAGUCUAAUGGAGCUGGAAAAUUGUGUUUCCAACAUGAGUCUUGCACAUGAGAUAGUGGUGAACAGAGACUUCUGCUUCAAACCCCGAAAUCCUUCUACAGACAGCCUGGAGGGUAGAGUGACAGAAAUCGUUCACCGGGCCUUUUGGGACAGUCUUCAGGAGCAGCUGAACAGCGAUCCUCCAAACUACAGCCACGCUGUCCUUCUGCUGCAGGAAGUCAAAACUAUGCUUCAGUCCCUGCUCUUGCCUGCUCACGUCAGACUGAGGUCUCAGCUUGACGAGGUGCUGGAUAUGGAUCUGAUUGGGCAGGAGGUCGACCACGGGGCUCUGGACCUCCACCGACUGGCGGAAUUCGUUAUCAACACCAUGGCAUCUUUAUGUGCUCCGGUGCGCGACCCAGAAGUCAGAGCACUGCGGGAUCUCAAGGAACCUGUGGAGCUCCUGAGGGAGAUCUUCCGUGUCUUGGGUCUCAUGAAGACCGACAUGGUUAACUUCACCAUUCAAAGCCUGAGGCCUCAUCUCAUGCAGCAGGCCAUACAGUACGAGCGGGCGAAAUUCCAGCAGAUCCUGGACAAGCAGCCAGAUUCUUUGGACAAUACCACUGCUUGGCUUCAGGCAGCAGCGUCUGAGGUGGUGUCGCCGUGUGAGGCGCAGUCUGAUUCUCCCGGUCCUGACAGCCGCGGUCCUUUCAGCCCCACCGCUGUCCUCAACCGGGCCUACAUACGUCUUCUCCACUGGGACCCACAGGACCAGAAAUAUCCUGAGACCAUCCUGAUGGAUCGGGCCCGCCUGGAUGCUCUUGGUCAGCGGCUCCAGAUGUUGGUCCUGGAGGCGUCGGUGCUGCUCUUGACUAACGCUCAGUGCGGCCGCGUCGUUUUCUCCCUGCAGGGGUUUGUAGGUAAACUCAGGCAGUCCAUCACUGCCCUGCUGGAGGGCAGUCACACAAGGGAAGCUGACCUGAAGGGGGCCUUGUUGGGGAUUGGGGAGAUAGUAUUGCAGCAGAUGUCUGAAGCGCUGGCUACUCAGGGAGGAGCAGCCCUGCCGCAGGAGAGCCAGGAUCUGCUGAAGGGACAAAUAUCUGAGCUGUGGAAACACAACAACCCAGUCUGCGUGCUUAUAGGAGAAAGGGUGCAGGGUUUCCUCCAGGACACGCUGCGGGGCGGCCCUGCUAAAAGGAGUCCAGAGCUGCCUGCUCCCCUCGGGCUGCUGAGUGCUGAGCUAGUUGAGCUGGGGACGGCCUUUGGGCGAAUCGUCCACUUCAACCAAACAGUCUUUGGUCCCUUCUAUGCGCCCAUCCUCAGGAAACUGCUGUUCCAGCCAGUAGGGGCCGAGGCUGGGGAGGACUCGCGCUAAACUGAGGCUGACCCUUUCAGUUUGUAGCUACAUUCUUAGGCAAUUUAAAGAAACAAAGGCACAGAACCAAAAUCCUGUGUUGCCUUAUACAUAUUUACUGCCUUGAAAAAAACAAACACGUGAAAGAAAUUUUAGUAAUUCUGACCCAGGUGAAAGCUAUAAUUAUUAUAUUUAGCCAUUUUAAGACGCUGAAUGUGAAUGGUUUUAGAAAUCAGAGCACCAAAGAACAUAUGAUGAGUCUGUAAAUAAUACUUAAGCUUUAAUAUGUAGCUCUUCAUGUUGAAAAAUGUUUAUGAGUAACUUACCAAAGACAGCAUGCACCUUUUCAAUAUUUUUAUUAUUAUUAUUAUUUUCUUCUUGAAUCAAAAAUAUACUUGUGUUUCUUUCAGUCGUUGACAUUGGAGCGGGUAUGUGCUACUAAACAAAUACAAAAGUGAUAUAUUUUUUCCACCAGCCAUUCAAAGACAUGAAAACACGUGAGCUUGAAAGAAAUUAUCGUUCACCUUGUUACAUUUUAAGCAAUAUUUCAGAAAAAAACUGUUACAGGAUGCACAUACAAUGGGAUAAGUUAAAUCCUAAAGAGGUCUUAUUUUAAAAUCUGUAUUAUUUUUUUUCUUUUUAAAAAAUACUAAUACGGUUUUUAGUAUUUUUCACCCAUUACAUGUUAUUGUAGUGAAGCUUACAAGAGUCCUGUUUUAAAUGUAUGUACACGCUAACAUUUCAAAUGUUUGGAGUGACUGUGUCUAUAGCUGACUGCCAACAAGCAAAGGAAGUAUUCAGAAACCAAUUUGUGCCCUUUUAUUUGCUUCUGGCACUAUUUUUGUAACCCAUUAACAAACUGUAUAAAAAAGAUGGACAUAGCCCUGGGGUCUAUAAAGUAAAGCCAGUGCAUAAACGCCUUAAACCUAGAUUCUUUAUAAUGGCCAGCAGGGGCCAAUUCUGGAAGCAGUCAAAGUCAGACAGUGUACAAGUGAGGAAAAACUGCAGUUCCUUUGGUGACCACUUGUGUCUCCAUUGACUCUCAUGUUUAAUCCACAAUCUUGGUACAAAAACAGAUUUGGUCACAACUAUACAGUUUUUUCCCCCGCUCAUACAAUAAAUAAUAAUUAUAAAUGCAGAAGCAGACAGUUGGUGAUUUCAUUGGUCGCUACCUUAGUGAUGCACCCAAUUGUGAUGAUACGAUACCUGGUAACUUGUAUUUGUUUUUUAAUAAAAGACUUAUUAUACUUUCAAAUAUACUUUUCAUAAAUAAAAUGUUAUCCGUC